AUGAUUUCAACAACCUCUUUCUUCUUACUUUUUCUAUCUCUUUUGUUCCUUUUCGAUUUUUCAACUUCCAAUUGUAUUGAAUAUUGUUUUGUUCCCCCUCAACAAUAUAGUGGUUGCAAUAUUUGUGGAGGAUAUGGAUAUGGGAGCGGAUAUGGAUUUACAGGAGGAUAUGGGGGUUAUGUACCUCAACAGACACAGCAAUUAUACGUGCCACAACAGCAACAGUAUGUACCUCAACAAGUUGUCGUGCAACCAGCCGGUGGUGGAGUAGGAGGGAGUGGAUAUCCGUCUGGACAAGGAUAUAUUCCACAAAGCGGAGGAGUAAUUCCUCAGACUACCGGUGGACAAUCUUAUGUAGGGACGACUGGAAAUGGAGGCGGUAAUGUUGGAGGAGGAACAAGUGGUUGUGGAUCAGGUGGAUGUUCAGCAGGAGGUACAGGAGGAACAACAGGAGGAAGUAAUUAUGGAGGAGGUGAAAGUUCUGGAGGAACAGUUUCCGGUACUGGGUUGGGUGGAAGCACUGGAGGUACAGGAGGGGGUGAAACUGGAGGAACCACUGGGGGAGAAGAAGGCACAGGAGGAACAACUGGUGGAAGUAGUGGGGGAUCUGAAGGUGGUUAUGGCGGCAGUACAGGAGGUACGGGAACAGACACAGCAAGUGGCAGUUUGGGCACUGGAGGAUCUCCAACCAGUGGCAGCAGUUAUGGUAGUGGACAAACGGGAACCCAAACUGCUGGAUAUCAACCAGCAGCCACUCAAGUAGCUACUGGAGAAAACAAGCAAUGCUGUUCCUGCGGCAAUUCAGGUGGCUGUUAUCAAACUAGCCCUCAACAGACCGCUGCUGGAGGUAGUGUUGCUGUCCAACCAGUUGCUGCUCAACCAACAGGAACCGCCCAAGCCAGUGGCCAACCCCAAAAAGGUUAUGGAGAUGUUCGAAGAAAGAAAUUCUCUUCAAGGCACAGACAACGCCAGAUCUUUGGAAGAGGGACCAUGGUAAAUCACAUGGCGAUGCUCAGUCAGUUACAACCAAUUCCACCUGUGAAAAGAGAGAAAAAUCCUCCAAAACCUUUUACUCUUUUUAAUAAAUCUCCCGUUGAUGCAAUGAAAUCAAAAGGGCAAUCUUUUGAAAAUAGAGCAGCAAAAUUGAAGAAAAUUUAA